AUGGAACGAUUUUUUCAACCGAAACAAAAGUCUAUACCUAGUUCUCCUAGUUCUAGUUGUGCUUCUAGUCCCGCCAUUGCUUCUAGCCGAGCACUCGAGUUGUUAAAUAUCACAAAGAAGUCUCGGGCUCAAUUCAAUGUAGAUAAUCUUAUAUCUGAUCCAAGAAAACGUCCCCCUAUCGAGUCAUAUGAUCCUAAUAUCAGAGAUGAUGUUAGGAUGGCAUAUUUGCAAAAUGGUCCUUGUCAACCACAUGGACAUGACUUUCCAAAAAGACAGAUAGGAAAUGAUAAUAGGUGUUUUCGAAGAGAAUGGUUAUCUGAAUUUUAUUGGUUGGAGUAUAGUAUAGAAAAUGAUGCGGCUUAUUGUUUGCAUUGCUACUUAUUCAAACCAGAUAGAGGGGGUCAAGGGGGUGGACAUAUAUUCACUAAGACUGGCUUUAAGGAUUGGAAGCACAAAAGUACAUUGAAAGAUCAUGUCCGGCUCAUUGAUAGUGCUCAUAAUCAAGCUUUUGCAAAGUGUACCAAUUUGAUGAAUCAAAAGCAAAGUAUCUCCCAUGUUAUUUCUAGCCAAAGUAGUAGUCAACAAAAAAAUUAUAGGACAAGGUUGACUGCGGUGCUAGACUGUACUAGAUUUCUUUUGAUGCAAGGAUUGUCAUCUCGUGGUCAUGAUGAAUCGAAAGAGUCUCUUAAUAAAGAAAAUCUGAUUGAGCUACUAAAUUGA